ACGAAAGGAGCUGCUCGCAGCCGCACUACUGUGGAUAUCUGUAUGCUCAGAGCAAGGACUGUGGAGUGUGCAGAGGAGAGAGAGAGAGGGAGAGAGAGAGAGAGAGGGAGAGAGAGAGGAGUGGUGGAGGGAAUACGGUUGGAUUUGGAUACAACUGGAAAACUACCAAGCGCGCACAGCACGCACCGAGCGGAAGGCACAUCGACAUUUCACCUACUCCCCUGUCCCCGGCGAUCGGAUCCAGGCGAGAAUGGAGCUCCCUGCCGCCGGAGAGCACGUCUUUGCGGUAGAGGGCAUCGAAAAGAAGCGCAUCCGCAAGGGCAAGAUAGAGUACCUGGUCAAGUGGCGGGGCUGGUCUCCCAAAUACAACACAUGGGAGCCAGAGGAAAACAUCCUUGACCCGCGUCUCCUCGUCGCGUUUCAACACAGAGAGAGGCAGGAGCAGCUGAUGGGAUAUCGUAAACGGGGGCCGAAACCAAAACAUCUUUUACUGCAGGUACCAUCAUUUGCCAGGAGGUCCAGCAUCCCUGCAGGUUUCGAGGAAUCAUCUCAGGAUGCAGAGGGCAGCCUUAAGUUCGACCCCGUCCAGGUCCAGCGCCCCCAGGCUCAACAGUACCAGCUGAACAGCAAGAAGCACCAUCAGUACCAGCCCAGCAGCCAGGAGGUGCCUGCCGACCAGCUGAGCAACGGCAAGAAGAAGUUCAUCUACCAGCUCAACAGCAAGAAGCACCACCACUAUGAGCCAGACCCAAAUAUGUACGACGCGCAGGCUUCGAGGCUCAAAGAGGUGGUGAAUGUUCAGGAACCGGCCGGUAAACCAGCCAAUCCGGGCUGGAACUUACCGCUGGCCCUGCAGCAGAAAUGGGUUCGUGACAAAGACACAGGCUGCUUGAGCAAAGUCAAAGAACUGGCAGUGGAGGUGAGGAAACCGGCCGUUAAAGAGGCUGAAAGCGAACAUGCCCUUAAACCCAACCCUAAAGACGCAACCCUGCCGAGCGCUAUUAGCAGCAAAAUGAAGAUAAUCAAGAACAAAAACAAGAACGGACGCAUUGUUAUUGUCAUGAGCAAAUAUAUGGACAGCAACAAGGUUCACGGGGCAAAGGGUAAACACGGGGAGUCGUCGAGUGAAGAGAAACCCCAAAACACCAAACCAUCAGAGAACAAUCCAGCACACACAGCCAAAAUGUUGGAGUACCCGGAGAACGGUAUCCCCAAAGAGAUCUGUAAUGGCAGCUCCCCCCCUGCUGCAGAGCAUCCCAUAAAGUGUUCCCAGAAGGACAGACAUUUCUCCAAACCUUCGCCAAGCACGGCAGAGGAAUACAACACCGAAGUGGCUCGCGGUCAGGCUGAUUUACCGGACGAUUUGCCCCUUCAGCUCACCGCCAGCUCACCCAUGACGUCAUGGGCUGUUGACACCAACAUCCCGACCCCUACAGCCGUCGACCAGAUCAGGAUCCCUUCUUUCCCCAACGACCGCAAGCGAAAGCUUUCAGAUCCCGCGGAGGACAGGAACGUUUCUAAAGUCUACCUGACCUCCAGAAGCUUCAGUGUCCCCAGCACUGUGGUCACGCCGCCUCAGGACAAACCUAUGGACCUCCACUGUAGUGGCCCACGCCACAGCAGCACAUGCACAUACGAGGUCGUGGACUCCGGCAGCCAAGAGGAGCCAAUGGACCUCAGCUGCCCAAAGACUAAGAAGCAGGUGGAGCCGGAAGUACAGUCGGAGCCCGAGCCUGCCGUCAAAAACACACCUCCUGUGGUAGAAGACACACAGAAAUCCACGGAGAAAUCGAAAGAAGCGCCCGUUAAAAAAAUCUCCCCUUUUAUGGGAAAUAUCAUAAUCACUGACAUCACAACAAACAGUCUCACCGUCACCUUCAAGGAAUACGUUUCUUUCUAAGAAACUUUGUAAAGUGGGACUACCAGUGACCGAUCCUGAUCCUGUUAAUAUGUGCAUAUGUAAAAACAUCAGAAUUUUGUAUAUGUGGAAAUUUAUAAUUUAUCAUUCAAAUUCAAUAUGUUUCUUAUGAUGUUUUAUACUGUAACUCCUCUGUGACGUUGUAGCCAAGAAAGUGCCCUCGAGGAUUUGAGCGAAUCCAUUCGGGUGGAUGUAUUCCACUGGAAAAAAAAAAUCAGUUUAUUUGUUAUAUGGAGCUUAAUGGGAUACUUUUGCUGUUGUUUCAUACCUGUACCAAACUUAUAACCUGAGAUGUAUGAAGGUUUAUACAUAUUUUGUAUGAAUAAUAUCACUUAUUUUGGUCCUGAUAGAGGGUAGAGAGAAAGUUGUUGAAUAUAUGGUGAUCAAAGAUCAAAUUGAAAGCACUUAAUUACAUUUUCAUACAAUGGUUUGUGUCAUUGCUCGUGGAGAAUCAGCUGUUCUCUGUAAGUCUUAGUUCACAGGUUUUUACUCCAGACAGGCACCCUCAGAAUGAACUGGCAUGUUUAGUUACAGGUGUGUCUGAGCACAGUGUAAACACAUGGCGGGGUGCACUCGGCUGUGUCGACAAACUUUAACGGAUGACUUUUCUUUUGUCAGGUUUUUGUCUCACUCUUGAGAUGCAUCAAAGGCACCAUUGACUCUAUGCCCUUACAGCCCCGAUCUAUAUUGCACAUUUUAACCUUGAGCAAACAUUUAUAGAAAAAAGUGUGGCAUUUACUUCCUCAAAGGUCAGUUACCAUUAAGAAAAUGGUCUGAUUUAUCAAAAGUGUGACUUCCUGUUAAGACGACGUAUUGAUUCCCACCAUAAUUAGGUUGUGAUUCACGACCUUACUGUUGACCUCAUGUAUUGCUGGAGUUACUUUAAAAACACCCGUGCUAGUCUUGUUUGGAGCCUCUUAAUGCCACACAGAUUAGCGACAUUCAUCUCAUUUUGCUAUUGAAGCUCAUUAUAAUAAUUUGACUAAACACACUUUAUUGCUAUUUCCUUUAGAAAAAGCUACCAGGGUCAUUCGUGAGGACCUCACACAGGUUAGGGAUGAGUUGCGAGGCUGGCUUUGUAUACUGUUACAUGCGAUCCAAUGAGUGCAAGCUGUUUUGAUUAUGCUGCUGAAAAUUCGUACGUGGAUGUAACCUUCAUUUGAGUCUAAAUUGCCUUCCAUGCACAUUUAAUGCAAAACCAGUGAGAAUGCUAAAAUGCUAUAAUAAUAAUGAAAAUGAAGAGCUCAUAUUUAUUGACGUUUAAUUUGUUGCUCAGAAACAUUGCGAGAUGUUGUCUGCGUCCGAAGCUGCGAGUGAUUUGUCCUUUUUGAACGAUAUUUUGAGUCUGUUCGCUCCUUUCUGGUCUCUAUCUUUGGCUUUGUUUUGUUCUUUCUUUCUUGCACUUGGUUCAAAGUCAAAACGAUUGUUAUGAAGCAUCUUCUAGCGGGAGUUGGUUGACUCAUUGCUGUUGGCACAGCUUAUUGGAUGGUAUGUUUCACAAUAAAGAAAGAGACAUGACCUCUGA